CGCUAGUACGAUCUAGAAUCAGCGCCAUAAUUAAACGACGCGCAAGUUUAGUCGGGUGUAGGAGGUUUUUUAUUUUUCGAACAAGUUCUGAUAAACAAGAAUUGAGUCACAGUUUGGCGAAGGUGGCUCCUACGCCCGUUAGCCUUCUAACGGAGAGGAGCUUCGGCCGGUUAGCUGGGCUAAAACACGGAGCCGAUGCGGUCGGAGCGGGAGGUUAGCAGCUGGCGUUAGCAGCGGGCGUUAGCUGCGGGGACCCCGGUGUUGCCGUUCUUCAUCCACCGGUCACAGCUUCACCUGCCCGGGCUAAGCAGGUAUGAGCUACCCGGUGAACCUCCAGGCCCUGCCCGGCGAAGUCCUCCAGGAGGUUUUUACUCCAGAAAACAUGAGAGGAAGAAGGUCCCUGAGUUCCCUCGCUCAGCUGACGUUCCCCAAGUCCCGCUCAGCGCUGUGGGACGGCAGCCCCGCCGGAGAGAAGCUCCGCCUCCAGCUCUGCUCCCACAGGAACCCUCGGCUGGUUCUCCUGGAGAAGGCCCUGCGCCUGGCUCAGCGCCACGCCCGGCGCUGCAACAAGCCCCGCCUCCAGUGCUUCUUCCUGGGAUCGCUGUCGGUGAACGAAGACGAGGAGGGGAUCACCGUGACGCUGGACCGCUUCGACCCGGGUCGGGACCAAGCCGGCACCGCCGACCUGGUGCCGUCCGCUCUCCUUCCAGGAGACGUCCUGGUUCCCUGCUGGUUCUCCCCUCGGUCUGAGGCCGACGCUGCCGUCCAAUCAGAGGCGGAGCUUCACCAGUGCUUUAAGGCCUUGCAGCAGGCGGUGAGCGGCAGACAGACGCUGCAUCUGUCUCAGCUGCUAAAGGUCAGAGGUCAGGUGCUCUGCUCCCAGACGUCGGACGCCGCGUCCUUCAGCCUCAGCUGGUCGGCCGUCUGUCCCGCCGUCGGUGUGGACGUCCAGCCGGUCCGGGCCGUCCCCAUCAUCCCCACCGCCCUGCUGAGGUCGCUGACCAGCGUCGGCCGUCCGGCGGAGCGCGCCGGCCGCCAGAGGGGGUUUCUGACCAUGGACCAGACCAGGAAACUGGUUCUGCUGCUGGAGUCGGACCCUAAAGCCUCCAGCCUGCCGCUCGUUGGGCUGUGGCUGAGUGGAGUCGCGCACAUCUCCAACCCUCAGGUGUGGGCCUGGACCCUCAGGUUCAUGUUUGGCGCCGCCCUGCAGGACAGGGUUCUGUCCGAGGCCGGCUGCUUCCUCCUCGUCGUGUUUGCUUCCACCCACAGAACCCCUCAGUUCUUCCAGUGCCGCCAGACCCAGCCGGGACCGAAACCUGGGCUGGACUUCCAGCUGCUGACGGCCACCCAGUCUCUCACGCUGUACCAGCAGGUGGCGCCGGUGGACGGUCGCGCUCUGCGGUGCGAGUUGGACCCGGAGGACCGCGGCAGACAGGCGGAGGUCUUCAGAGCGGCUCAGAGCUCCUUCAACGGGACGGCGCCGCCAGCCGCCGGUCCGUCCGUCAGCGACCAGGACUCCGGCGUCGAGGAUGAGGACUUCUCCCCCCGACCGUCUCCCAGCCCCCAUCCUCCGGCUCCUCAGGUCCGCAGACUCCAGCCAUCGGUCCCUGAGCUCUCCCUGCUGAUCGACAGCAGCUUCUCCUCCAAUCACAGCGGAGGUCCGGCCUCUGGCUCCGCCCACAAAGCUCCUCCAGCGUCUCCCUGCUGCCCCGGCUCCGCCUCCUCUUCAGCUCCCGCUGCGCCUCCUCACCUCCACAGCACCCCGAACCCCGACCUGCAGCAGCCCUGCUCCUGCUGCUCCUCCCACGCCUACGGCUGCACCUCCAUCUACCCCUCCCCUGCAGCGCUCCCCCCCGCCACCGCCGCUCCUCACUUCCAUCUGCAAACGCCGUUCGGCCUCCGGGCUGCGCCUCCUCCCUCCUGCUCGCAGCAGAAGGCGUCGCCGCCUCUCGCCUCCUUUCAUCACUACGCUCCCAGACGACCCGCCACUCCUCCUCCUCCCUCCUCUCAUCAGCAAACUGCUCCUCCUCUUAGUCGCCAUUCUGCUCCUCUUCCUCCUCAUCCUUCCGCCAAACGACCAGCCACUCCUCCUCUACCUCCUGCCUCCUGCCAUCAGCAGACUCCUCCUCUUCCUCCCCCUUCCAACCUCAGUUCUGCUCCUCUUCAGUCCUCUCAUAAACUAACGCCUCCUCCUUCCAGCCGUCGCUCUGCUCCUCCUUUCUGCUCCUACAAGCAGACGCCUCCUCCCUCCAGCCUCCAGCCUCUUUCCCCCUCCUCCCAUCAGCCACCAGCUCCUCCUCUCCCAUCGUUUCCUCCUUCCAGCAGCCAUCCAUCCCCUCCUCCUCCUCCCUCUAACCAUCCUGUCCUUCAGCCUCCUCCUCCUCCUCCUUUCCUGCCGUCGUAUCCCUGCAGCCACGCUCCUCCCGCUCCCCCCUGGUGCGGAGAACCCCCGUCUCCUCACCCGUCCCGUCCAGACCCCGGCUCUCCUCCCUGUGGGAGGCGCUGCUGUGAGAAGGCGGGAGGAGGAGGCCUGCCGUCUGACGCCUACCAGUUCCUGCUGCACCAGGACCACCUGCUGCGCCUCCUGCAGGCUCAGGUCCAGAUGCUGCUGGAGGCUCAGGGGAAGCUGCAGUCGUCCGGCCGGCAGGUCGAAACGCAGACGUCCAAAAGCACGGCCAGCGUCGCCGUGGAAACCGGUGCCAGUCUGUUCUGGGGACAAAACCCAGAUCCGCCGUUUCUUCAGGAGGAGCGGGACCCUCCGCCGUCCCCCGGGUCUCCUCCUCCGUCCUCCUCCAGCGGCGCCGCCUCGUCACAUGACCCGUCCGCUCACAGAGACCAGGAAGUGAACGCCGCGCGCCAGGCGACGCCACGCCCCUCAUCUGACAUGCACAGCAUCAGCGGCCUGCAGAGUCCGGUUCUGGGAGAAAGCGUCAGCAUGUACGGACCUCCGGAGGACCAGCAGAACUUCUACCAGAACCUGAUGACUCAGCUCAACAGCCGCCUUCAGGAGUCGGACCAGAACCAGGAAGAAGCCGCCGAGGCGUCUGGAAGCCAAGAUCGGUCCGGUUCCGACCACUCCCAGGUUUCCCGGGCCUCCCAGCCCUCCCGGCGGUCCUCCUCCUCCUCCUCCUCCUCUGAGAGGAGGCGGGCCCAGAGGAGGAAGGAGAAGGCGGGUCCAGAAGGAGACGCUGUGGUCCGAGCCACGCUGCGGCGGCUGCAGCAGCUCGGCGUCGCCGUGGACGCGGAGAACCUGACGGUUCUGGACAAAGAGCAGAUCCAAGCCGUGGAGAUGGCCAGCACCUUGGCCAGCAUCAACCCGGCGGCGGUCGUCUCCCGGCUGAGCGUGGCGGAGCCGGCGGCGCCGUCCGGCGGCAGCGCGCUCUGCCCCGGCGGCAGCGUGGACCUGAGCCUGGAGGCCAACGCCAUCGCCCUGCGCUACCUCAGCCAAUCGCAGCUCAGCAGGCUGUCGCUGGGAGGCCACGCCCCCCAGAGCGUCCCCGUGCCCGCCUCGUCCUCCGGCGAGUCCCUGCUGUCGCCUAGCAACAUGUCUCUGGCCACCAGAAAGUACAUGAGGAGGUACGGCCUGAUCGAGGAAGACGAGGAGGACGAGGAAGACGAGGAGGAGGAGGAGGAAGUCCGUCGGCCGCUGAACGUGAAGCUCCUCCCACAGAGUCAGCUGAUCCGGGAACUGCGGCCCAAAAUGCAGCUGUUAGCCGGAAACGGCAAAGCGGACCCGGAGGACAAGGAGAACCGGCCCGCCAGGAGAACCGGCGCCGUGCGACAGCCGGAGGCGUCGGUGGGAAACAUCCUGGACCUGAGCCGCCUGAGGCAGCUGCCCAAACUGUUCUGAUCCAGAACCAGAACCUCAGCCAGAACCAGAACACCAGCACACUAAUCUGACCGUUAACCUGGUUCUGGUUCUGGUUCCACUGGACCAGAACCAGGUUCUAACAGCGCCUGGUUGGGUUUUUACUGCUAAACUUUGUGUUUUUUUUAAUGUCAUCUCCUGUUUUUAUGUGAAACGUCUAUUGCACUUUUUUAAUAUUUAUACUAUCACAAAUAAAAUGUACUUUAACUUUU